GCAUCUCAAAAAGUUUUAAGAAAUGGCUCAACCUAAAGUUAGCAAAAUAAGUAUCUGUGCUGUCCUCUUUUGCUUUCUUCUUAUGUUUGCUUCUGAGGUGCAAAUAACAGAAGCAAAACACUGUGGGAAGCCUAGCAAAAGCUGGAAUGGGAAGUGCUUUCCCAAGAAGUGUAACCAUUGGUGCAAGAACAAGGAAGAUGCAGAUUAUGGAAAUUGCUAUCAUGGAGAUUGCUAUUGCUAUUACCAUUGCUGAAAAUAAAUGGAUCUGAAUCUAUUGCCAUUUCAUAUAUAAAUGGAACUAUUUGUCUUAUGUAAUAUAUAUAUAGAUAAAUAAAUGGUGCUAUUACGUGGUUAUAGCAGCUAUGGCCAUAACCUAUAUGGUCAAUCUAAAUGUCUUUGUUACAUGAUGUGUUAAUGUAAAAUAUUAGGUCCAUGUGUUUGGAAAUAUCUGAUAUCCUUUUCGUUUCC